CUGUAAUGUCAUUAGGCAGCAGAACUGUUGACGGCGUGACCGGUGUCGCUGUGCCCAUGUCUGACCUGCCAUUGGCGUCUGCGUGCGCGGUGCCCACCAGAGACUCUGCCAUUGGUCCUUCCCUUCACGUGAUCACGCAACUUUGUACAUUUGACAGGGAGUAGGAGGGUUCUGUGGAGAUCAGAAAAACGACAACGCGAGAAAAAUAGUAUUUUUUCCUUGCUCAAAUUAAUGACCAUGAGCUCGUAUUUGAUAAACUCCAACUAUAUCGAGCCUGCUUUCCCUUCCUGCGAAGAAUUCUCUCAAAACAGCUAUAUGCCCACCCCCUCUCCCGAGUAUUAUGAGCGGCCGAGAGAUCCUGGAUUCCCUCGUCACGAGGCUCUCUACCAGCGGUCCAACUACAGGGAGCAGAGCUACGGCUACAACAGUAUCCAUACGAAUGGACCGGAAGACGUCCCCCAGCAAAGUCGCGCUCAGCCCCAGCCAGCCCUUCGGAACCAGGCUCCGAGCCGUAACCAGGGCUGUGAGAGACCAGCCCUCGCCACAGCCUGCCGCGGGAACGAGAGAGCGGCGGCCGUGCAGAAGGAAGCCGAGCCGGUGGUGUACCCCUGGAUGAGGAAAGUGCAUGUUAACACCGUAACGAGCAGUUUUAAUGGAGGAGAGGGGAAGAGGUCUCGGACUGCCUACACCCGACAACAGGUCCUGGAGCUGGAGAAGGAGUUUCAUUUCAAUCGCUACCUAACCAGGCGUCGACGAGUCGAGAUAGCACACACGCUGUGCCUGUCUGAACGCCAGGUCAAGAUAUGGUUUCAGAACAGGAGGAUGAAGUGGAAGAAAGAUCACAAACUGCCCAACACUAAAACGCGCGCUACCAACCCGUCACCUGCAAGACAGCAAUCAAGGACGCCCAGCCAGACCCAGGAGCCACUGAGCUCGGUGCCCACGGCCUCGGGGCUGGGUCUAUAGACACAAAAAAUACUCUGCGACCUCGUUGAACAUGUGGACCAAAACUCGAGAAAACCAAAGUCAUUCUUCAGUGACGGACCAUUCCUCUCACUCCAGCCUCUCCCCCUCUUCACACAGACGGGCUGUUAACGGACGUGUAUCUUGUUUCGAUUCACACAGUCAGUGUCUGUAUCACCUUUUUGUCACAAGGACUUUGCUAAGGUCGUGUUCUGCAGCUGUAAAGAUUAUUAGAUGCUGUUAUUGAAGGUUAAUCCUGGGCUCUGUGCUCUGGGCACGAGUCCACUGUGCACUGCCACACAUACAAGAGUUAAUAUGCUUUAGCCUCUGAGCUCUGUACAUGAACUUGCAACAUAUCCCCAAAUAUCUGUGUGUAAUAGAAGUCGUGUUUGAUCCCCUUUUCUGAACCGUUGGGUGUGUGUAGUGUGUAAGCCAGGCCGUGUGUGCUUGUGGAAAUCUGGUGCUAGCUGUGGAUAUCUGUUUGUAGUGUAGUCUAAAACGGAAUGGCAUUAAAUGUCGUAUUGAUAUUGAAAGGGACUAUUUCAGACGAAACUUCAAAUAAAACUUCAUGUCGAUGAUUAUUUAUUACCUGCGAUGGCUUGUAACUGUUUGCUUUCACAACACGUGGAACAUUUAGUUCACAGUGACGGUUAUUCAACAUAGAUUUACUCUCGAUUUUCUGUACCUGUGUCACGAAUCUACACACAAAACCAUGUAAAUCGUCAGAAACAAACAUAACCAUGCAGUUUCCGAAGAGGGGGUAAUUCCUGAUGUGAAGUUACAUGACUUUGGUGUGGAAUUUAAUCCGUGUGAUUGCAUCACAAACAAACGUCUUUCUUCAGGAGAGCAGGAAUAAAGUCGUUAAAAACUUAUAAAUUUGACACCUAGUCACUUCCAAAAUGCGGAAACAGCGUUUAACAGUGUUGUCCUGAAUAACUAAAAUACAUGUUUAACUACCGUUUUCUAUAAGUACAGAUAAUUAUUCUGAAAGUUAUUUUACCAACAUUUAAGACACAUUAUAUAACGUUAUAAACUUCCGUGUUGGGAUUCGUUUUACACAUCACUCGAUUUUAUUUAAAUUAUUUUCCUGUAUUAGAUUGUGCUGCAACGAUAGAGCACUACAGGGAUGUUGACUUUACUAACACCGGAUUCUUCUUCGAAAUUCAAUAAUUUAACAACCAUGCAGACAAGACAAAAAAAUAAUAUAAUUCCAAAACACAAAACAUUUUACUGUAGAGCCCUACACAUUUUGCACGAAAUUCGGCGAAAGUAACCAACGAAAUUA